CCCUUCCAUUUUUUGGCAAUGUUCCUCGUCUACUUAUACUCCCUCACCGGCCCUCCUCCGUUCCUUCCAGCGCGCGUCGCAUUGGAGUUGGAGCGAAGCAGAGGAACCAAGAAGCAGAAGCAGCAGGACCCGCGUUGCGACGGCGGCAGCGACCAUGGUGAAGCAGGAGGGGAAGAAGACCAAGGGGAAGCAGGUCAUAGAGAUCCGCUACAUCGAGAACAAGGAGCGCCGGCAGGUCACCUUCUCCAAGCGCAAGGCCGGGUUGCUCAAGAAGGCGUCCGAGCUCAGCCGGCUGUGCGGCGCGCACUUCGCCGUCACCAUCUUCUCAGAGAAGCAGAAGCUACCCCAGCAGGGCGGCAACGAGGCGGGCAAGGCCGGCAGCGGCGGGAACGUGUUCGCGAUGGGCACGCCCUCCGUCGACCACGUCCUCCGCUGCUUCGUCCCGCUCCCCGGCGACGCAGGGUACCUCCCCGCGAUGGAUGACGUGGCCGGCGGCGCCGCCGAGCGGGCGGCGGUGGAGGCGAUGGUGCAGCAGACGGAGGAGACCAAGGCGCGCGUGGCCGCGGAGGUGGCGCGGUUGAGCGCCGUCGGGGCUAAGGUGCUCACGGCCGUCCCGGCGGGCCGGGAGCUGUUCUGGUGGGAGGCCGACGCGGAGGCGCUCGGGGAGGCGGAGCUGACGGAGUUCACCAGGGCGCUCCAGCGGCUCAGGGACCACGUGCGGCGCCACGCCGACAAGCUGCAAGCCUGCAACCCUCUGCCGCGCCAGCCGGCACAGACGGGGCAGGGCAGCCUCAAGCUAGCCUGA